ACCAUUGUCUUUUUCUCUCUUUCAAAAAUGUCAAAAAUAUUUUGUCAAUGUCAAUUGCGUCAUCUUGUUCUUGUUCACGACACGAAUAAAUUUUGCGGAGCAGCUAUGAUUUUUAAUUAAAAACUUAUUCUCGAAGCUAGUACAAGUUUAUAAGGUACUAAGAUGUCUUCGUCGGCGAUAUACAUAUUAGAUGUGAAAGGUAAAGUUCUCAUUUCGAGAAACUACCGUGGCGAUGUGGAUAUGGGUGUGAUAGACAAAUUUAUGCCCUUGUUAAUGGAGAAGGAGGAAGAAGGAAUGUUGACUCCAUUACUACAAACUAGUGAGUGCACCUUUGCUUAUAUCAAGACUAACAACCUCUACAUCGUGUCCACAACAAAGAAAAACGCCAACAUUGCGCUCGUCUUUGUCUUUCUUUAUAAAAUAGUUGAAGUCAUGACUGAAUACUUCAAAGAAUUGGAGGAGGAGAGUAUUCGCGAUAACUUCGUCGUAAUUUACGAGUUGUUAGACGAACUGUUGGACUUUGGCUAUCCACAGACCACAGACAGCAAGAUACUUCAAGAGUACAUCACACAGGAGGGCCAUAAACUAGAAAUGCAGCCUCGCAUCCCCAUGGCGGUCACCAAUGCUGUGUCAUGGAGGUCAGAAGGCAUUAAAUACAGGAAAAAUGAAGUAUUCCUUGAUGUGAUUGAAUCUGUUAACUUGUUGGCUAACUCUAAUGGAAACGUUCUGAGGAGUGAAAUUGUUGGAGCGAUCAAAAUGAGAGUUUACUUGUCUGGUAUGCCUGAAUUGAGACUUGGGUUGAAUGAUAAAGUCCUAUUUGAGAGUACAGGCCGGGGUAAAUCAAAGUCAGUUGAAUUAGAAGAUGUAAAAUUCCACCAGUGUGUGCGAUUGUCGAGAUUUGAAAAUGACAGAACUAUUUCUUUCAUCCCACCAGAUGGUGAAUUUGAACUAAUGUCGUACAGAUUGAAUACACAUGUGAAACCGUUGAUAUGGAUUGAGUCUGUGAUUGAACGACAUGCACACUCCAGAGUUGAGUACAUGAUCAAAGCCAAGUCACAGUUUAAGCGACGGUCGACAGCCAAUAAUGUCGAGAUAAUCAUUCCUGUCCCAGCAGAUGCUGAUUCACCAAAAUUCAAGACCACUAUUGGAAGUGUUAAAUACACUCCUGAGCAAAAUGCUAUCACCUGGUCCAUUAAAUCGUUCCCCGGAGGCAAGGAGUACUUAAUGAGAGCUCACUUUGGUCUACCGUCUGUUGAAUGUGAGGACACAGACGGCAAGCCACCAAUCCAAGUCAAAUUCGAAAUCCCAUAUUUCACCACCUCUGGUAUCCAAGUCAGAUAUCUCAAGAUCAUUGAGAAGAGUGGUUAUCAAGCUCUCCCCUGGGUUAGAUACAUAACACAGAACGGUGACUAUCAGUUGAGAACUAACUGAAACAAGACUACUUUCUUGCAUUCCUUUUAUUUAUAAAUUGCACCUAGAAUAUUAAUAAUUAUGUACUUGCUGUAAUUUUAUCUUAAUCAUAUUUUGGAAGUAUUAUUGUAAGAAAUAUUUGACCAUAUAAUAAAUAAUCAGAAUAUUAAAA